GACAUAAAAUUCAAUGCACCAGCGGACAAUACAUGAUUACAAUCAAGCCAUUUACAGUGUAUAUGGUAAGGGAAUAACGUUUUGUGUAAGGAAAAGCCAGCAAAGUCCGAUCAAGGAAAGUCCGAGGGUCACCAAAGAGGUAGAUAUUAGUUCAGCACUGCUCUCUGGUUGUGGUAGUUUGAUUCAGUUGCCCUGUCCACCAUGGGCACCAUACGAUUGGCAGCCCCGCCAACAGUCAGUCUGCUUUUUCGCCUAUUUUUAUUUUUAGUGUGUGUUAAAAGUUUGUGUUCAUGUUCUCCGGUUUGUUUUAUGUGGGGGGAGGGGUCGGGGAAACUUUUUUUUCAGUUUCUUACCUUGCCGGAGAUGCAAUUUUCCGGAUCGCAUCUCCGGUCGCUCUGCGGCCUCCUAUCGAUGGAGCUAGAGGCCUCCUCGGACUGACCUUGAGCCCCGACCGCGGGGCGUCAACUUAACAUCGGAGCUGAUCACUUGCCUGGGAUCAUUCUUGUGAACUUUACCAUCGUGAGAUCGCAGUCUCGGGAGAGACCGUGGAUGUCGGGAGCUCCAACGACGCAGAGGUUCGACCAGCCCCGACGUGGGGUUCGUUCACCGGCGCGGGGGAACUGAGAUUCCCCCGAUGCGGGAGUUGAUCGCCCCGAUGCGGAGGGCUCGACCGCCGGCUAAGGGAGUCAAGAUCAUCCCGUCAACAGAGGGCUCGAGGCCCUCAACCACGGCAUUACUCACCAAUGAAGGGAGUAAUGUUGCUGAUCUAAAAAUCAGAACUUUUCUUCGCCUUCAAUCACAGUGAAGAAUGUGGAGGAGUCACUGUGGUGGAUGUUUGUGUUAAAAUGUGUUUUGUAUGUUCCAUUGCUUUUAUUUGUAUGAUUGACUUGGCCAAUGAAAUUCCUCGUAUGCGUGAUUGUGAUUAAAGCUGACAACACAACUCCUCCAUCUCUUCCGACUCCCUCCACAUCAGAAACAUCAAGCCCCUGGUCUUGUUCCUCUCACAACCACGUUUCCCCAAUAGCCACAACACCAUAGUUUCAAACACUGAUCCAGACUCCAAGUUCCACUGCUGCCUCCACAAAACGCCAUGCAUUGAAAUAAACUCACUUCAGCCCAUCAGUAUCACCAUAUUCCUUCACUUCUCUCUGCCGUCCUUCCUUAGACACUUACUGGUCCUCACCUCUACCCUCCCAUCACUCCUUCCAAUUUCUGACGUCCUUUGGUUCUCAACUCCCAGCCUUUCUCGUUUGAACCAACCCAACCAGCACUAGUCAACCUCCCUGCCAGGAUAUUGGCCCUCCUCCAGUUCAAAUGCAACCCAUCCAUCUUGUACAGGUCACCUCGACCACAGAAGAGAUCCCAAUGGCCUAAAAAAAUUCUAAAUCGCUGUUCCCUGCACCAACUCCAAAGCCACACAUUCACUGUCCUAUCUACCUGUUCCUACCCUCACUGGUACGUGGCACCAAGAAUAAUCCAGAGAUUACCCCCCUCGGGGUCUUAUGCCUAACUCCCUACAUUUACUUUGCAGGACCUUAUCCCUUUUCCUAUCUAUGCCGUUUGUGCCGAUGUGCACAAUGACUGCUCGCCCUGGCCCUUGAGAAUGUUUUGCAGCAGUUCAGAAACAGGACCUAUUACAAGUAUGAGGUGCAAUAGUAAUUUAAAUAAACAAAUAAAUAAAUAAGUGGUAUCAGGACCUGGUAACGGGAGGUAAAACAACAAAAACAGACUUGGUUGGUAGUCCCCUUUCUGCGGAGUUUAAUGUUAUAAUAGAGCGAUUGUUCCUAUUUUCUUUUUCUUUCUUUUCUAGGGUCUAUUUUCUCACUUUACUUCCUUCUCUAACUUCUUUUCUAAGGGCUUUCUUUUCCCAACACUCUUGCACUUCACGACUCUUGCGCACUUUCUUUACUUUCCUUACUCCUAUCCUUUUCUUAAAGCUCAAAAAAAAUGAAGCGGUACAAAAAAUGUAUUAAGAUAUAUGUGUUGUGUAGUAUUGUAAUUUACCGUACUUCUAAUAAAAAUAAAAUUAAAAAAAAAAAAGAAACAUGCUGGACCCUGGCACGAGGGAGGUAUCAUAUCAUUCUGGAGUCCUGUUUGCUGCUUCAGACUCGUUACUGUCCGUAACUAACGAGUCUACUAUUGCGCUGGCUCUGUCAGACUUUUCCCUUCCUAGCUGUGUCUCAGAGGAUUGAUUUACAUAAUUACACAUUAGUUACAAUUUGGUCACAAUGGUGCAACUUUUAAAAAAUCCUCCCACAUGAUUCUCCUCCCAUCCUUCGAAUUAUUUUAUCAACAUCAACAAACUCUGACUUUCUUUCUUUGCUGUUUAUCCACAUGUAUCUCUGUUAUUUGCUUCAGCUACUUCAUUUGUUCGCAAAUUCUAUAUUCAAACCACCCUGUGGGUAAUGUACUUGUUACUUCAACACUACGAGCCAGUUUUAAAUGCUACUGUUUUCAGUUUCAAAUAACUUAAUGAGUAGCACAAUAAUUCAGAAAAGUGCUACGUGCCAUUCAACAAUUAGAUUUUUAAUUGGAAAAAAAUUCAUUCUCCAGUAAAAUUGACCACACUUGUUCCUUGAUCUGUGCAUUGAGCUAUAAGGUUCUGAAACUGCACAAAUGUAUUACAUUGUGCACAGAUCAAAUAAGAAUAAACUUUUUUUUUCCCCUAAAAUAAUGUUUGGCUGUUCGGUGUGAAUAGGUAUCGUUUGAGAUCAGCAGCAUUAUUCCCUUCUCUAUUGAACUGAUAUAGUGGGCCUUUCUGAGCACGGAAUUCAUUACAUUUAAACAUAGGUUUUAUGACCUUAAGGAUUCCCAAAGCACUUUACAGCCAAUGCAUUACUUUUAAGUGUAGUCGUUGUUACAACAUUGGACAUGUGGCAAAAUAAAUUGUGCACUGUAAACUUUCAUACACAGCAAUGUGACCGGGAUGUUGGUUGAAACAUAAAUAUCAACCAGAACUCAAGGGAUAAUUCCCCUGCUUUAAAAUAAAAUAAUGUCGUAAUAGAUCUUUUGUAUGUUUCCAGGAGGGCUGAGAGCAUAAUUAAAAGGUGUCACCUCAAAAACAGCAGGGUUAAAGGUGAAUCAUCUCCUUGUGUACAUGUUCAAGCCUGUAGAGAAUGAGUGCACUGCAGCUUGCUCUCUUUGCCAGGGAACGUUCCCAUGCUCUAUUGACGCAUGAAAUAUUGUAAGCGUUAUUUAGUUACCCCCACCUUUCGUCUUCCUGACCAUUUACAGCCCCCUGGUAUAAUAAUGGAAAUGAAUGACCCACCUGCUUCCAGACAUUAGUAUUGUGUUGCAACCUGGUGGUGGGGCGGUGACCUCUGUGCGAUUGCUCACUCUCCACGCCUGGAAUCUGCAGCCUCCGCUGAGCUCCUCUUCAACUGACAGAUCACGUCUGAUGCCGAGGUUGAAAGAAUCGCGGUCUCACGAGUCUUUGCUCAGUCCUAGUAGUGCGGUGGAGGCACUGGAUCUCAGUAUGGAGGAAGAAGUGACAAUUAAAUCUGUACACAGCAGCAUCCUGGGGCAGGAUUACUGUUUUGAGGUGACAACUUCAACUGGCAGCAAAUGUUUUUCAUGCCGUUCAGUCGCAGAAAGAGAUAAGUGGAUGGAAAAUUUAAGGCGUGCAGUGCAGCCAAAUAAGGAUAACAGCAGACGAGUGGAGAAUCUGCUCAAACUGUGGAUUAUUGAAGCCAAGGAUCUGCCAGCCAAGAAGAAGUAUUUCUGUGAACUCUGCCUGGAUGACACGCUGUAUGCACGGACUACCUGCAAGCUGAAAACUGACAACGUUUUCUGGGGAGAGCACUUUGAAUUCAGUAACCUGCCCACACUCAAGAACAUUACAGUGCACUUGUACAAAGAGACCGAUAAGAAGAAAAAGAAAGAUAAGAAUAACUAUGUGGGUUUGGUGAAUAUUCCUAUUGCCACUGUGACGGGGCGACAGUUCCUGGAGAAAUGGUAUCCAGUGAGUGUGCCCAAUCCCAGCAAGGGCAAAGCAGCGGGUCCAAUGAUUCGAAUCAAAUCUCGCUACCAGAGCAUGAGCAUUCUCCCCAUGGAGCUCUACAAAGAGUUUGCUGAGUACAUCACAAAUAACUACAUGCUCCUGUGCACGGUGCUGGAGCCUGUGCUGAGCGUGAAGAGUAAGGAGGAGAUGGCUUGUGCGUUGGUACACAUUCUGCAAAGCACUGGGAAGGCUAAGGAUUUCUUGACAGAUUUGAUGAUGUCUGAAGUUGAUCGUUGUGGGGACAAUGAGCAUCUGAUUUUUCGGGAGAAUACCUUGGCGACCAAAGCAAUAGAGGAGUAUCUGAAACUGGUUGGACAGAAGUAUCUCCAGGAUGCACUUGGGGAGUUCAUCAAGGCUCUCUAUGAAUCAGAUGAAAAUUGUGAGGUGGACCCAAACAAAUGCUCAUCAGGAGACCUCUCUGAGCAUCAGAGCAACCUGAAAAUGUGCUGUGAGCUGGCGUUUUGCAAGAUCAUUAACUCUUACUGCGUAUUUCCACGAGAACUGAAGGAAGUGUUUGCAUCGUGGAGACAGGAGUGUAGCAGCCGAGGGCGACCUGACAUCAGUGAGAGACUAAUCAGUGCUUCCCUCUUCCUGCGCUUCCUCUGCCCUGCCAUCAUGUCCCCUUCUCUCUUCAACCUCCUACAGGAAUAUCCAGAUGACCGCACAGCAAGAACACUGACUCUAAUUGCCAAGGUUACCCAGAACCUAGCAAAUUUUGCCAAGUUUGGUAGCAAAGAGGAAUAUAUGUCUUUCAUGAAUCAGUUCCUUGAGCAUGAAUGGACCAACAUGCAACGAUUCCUGCUGGAAAUCUCCAACCCAGAAACCAUUUCAAAUGCAGCAGGAUUUGAAGGCUACAUUGACCUGGGCCGUGAACUCUCCACUCUACAUUCGCUGCUCUGGGAAGUGGUUUCGCAGAUGGAACAGGCAACUGCAGCAAAGCUCGGCCCCUUGCCCCGCAUCUUAAGAGACGUCAAUACAGUGCUGACCAAUCCAGGAGCUGUACCUGUGGCAUCAGCCUCCGAGCCGAGCACCUCCACGCCGAAUCCCGCGAACAGCAGCCUAUCGUCAGGGCUGCAGAAGAUGGUGAUCGAUAAUGAUCUUAGUGGUUUAUUAGACUGUACAAGGUUACCUUCUCCUACCCCAGAAAACAAGGACUUGUUUUUUGUCACAAGGUCCUCUGCUGUCCAGCCAUCUCCAGCUCGCAGCUCCAGCUAUUCUGAGGCCAAUGAACCUGAUCAACAAAUUCCAAAUGGCAAUAAGAGUGUCUCAAUGGUUGACUUGCAAGACAAUCGCAGUUUGGAGAGUACAACAAACAUUCCCCCUCCGGGUGAUUACCUCAACGACAGCCAGGGAUCGAGUGGGCAGGUCCAGACAACGUGGCAGACGAGAGCACUGCAGAACGUAGCUCCGGGUGGUCCCGGCCCUGUGCACAUAGGCCGAAAGCCUGGACAAAGCGCUGGCACCCCCAACGCUGACGGUGCACCGGGAAGACCUCAGCUCUUGGCACCAUUAUCUUUCCAAAACCCAGUGUACCAGAUGGCAGCAGGAAUACCAGUCUCACCUCGUGGGGUAGCCGACUCUGGAUCGGAGUGUCACAGCUCCAUUAGCUCACAUAGUAACAACGAGGAUCUGGCCGCCAACAAGCCGCCGUUCCACGUCCACACGGGCACGGAGGACUUUGCCAGGCGCACCGGUGAAUUCACACGAAGGCAGCUUUCCCUGACCGAGAAAAUACCGCUGGCGUCAGUGCCCCGGCAGAACAGUGCUGGCCCACAGAGGCGAAUAGAUCAGCCCCCACCCGCUGCACGAGGUAGGACACCGCCCGCCUUGUUGUACAACACCGCUCAGUAUCCCAGGCCUUCCAGCGGAGGUGUGAUGCAGUCGGCGUCAGAGUGGCCAAGCACGGGCACCAAGCUCCGACAGCAGUCGUCCUCCUCCAAAGGAGACAGUCCGGAAACAAAGCAACGUACAAUGCACAAGCAGGCCCCCUCACCUGCGAACGUCUUGUCUUCUGUGGACCGCACUGCAGCGUGGCUGAUGAACAUGAACAUGCAGUUCAUAGAUGAUGAGUCGGUGGACCCAAGCUCCAAGCACAGGGACGAUGGCAGACCUAAAGAGGAGCUGAGCCAGAUCGAGAAGUAUCAGCAGGACAUUGCCAUACUUCAGGAUAAACUGAGGGCUUCCAAUAGGAGGCUGGAGGAAUAUGAGGUUUAUUUAAAGAACCAAGAUGAACAAACACAAAAGAUGGUGCUGGAGUAUCAAGCCCGGCUGGAAGAGGGUGAGGAACGACUCCGCAGACAGCAAGAGGACAAGGAUGUGCAGAUGAAAGGCAUUAUCAGCAGAUUAAUGGCUGUGGAAGAUGAGCUGAAGAAAGAUCACGCAGAGAUGCAGGCGGCAGUAGACUCCAAGCAGAAGAUCAUUGAAGCCCAGGAGAAACGAAUUGUCUCCCUGGAUGCGGCGAACGCUCGCUUAAUGGCCGCACUAACGCAACUGAAGGAACGCUACAGCAUGCAGAGCAGGAACGGCAUCUCCCCCACCAAUCCCACCAAGCUCCAGAUCACCGAAAACGGAGAGUUCAGGAACAGCAGCAACUGCUGAUGUGCUGCCCUGUGUGGAUGAAAUGAGUCAUCCUGUAUCACGAGUGCUUUCAACACCGGCUGUGCUAAAGCACUGACGUCAGUUACAGCUAACGGGAAAACUUUCAUCCAAAUAUCUUGUGAUUAACUUAGUGUUUUUAUAAAAAGUAUAUUUAAGGUGACUACCUAAUGUCAAAGAGAAGCAUGUUGUUACAACAAGAGUAGUGAGCCUUAGAAAGUUUUCAAGCAAAUAUCUUGCACUGGAGUGCCAUAGAAUCUGCUUAAACUAGGCGUAGGUGCUGGAUCUGAGUGUGCAAUGUGAUUUUGAAAUGAAAUAAUUGCAACCAAAAAGCAAUUCUCAGAAUAUUUUUCCAGUGCAUCUUCUAUUUGAUAACCCCUGAACCACUCUGUUUUAAGUGCUUGUACCUGCAACUUCUUGGGGCCAUUGAAGUCAACCUGGAAAGUGGAAAAAUGUGAUUGUUGCUUUGUUUACAUCAAAAUUGAGUAUACAGACAGAAGUGUAGACCAGUUUUAUAGAUUAAAAGUGCUUUGGUCCCAUUGUUAUUUCUAAAUUUACUGAUGAGUACCACUUUCUAAUUUUGACCUACUUGUGCUGUUUCUAUUCCUGUUGGGUAGGUAAGAGGAAUAAUCUGUCCCUUGUUGUUGACAGUUUGCCAGCAAUGCCUCGAUUGCACUUUUACCAUGCACACGAUGUUACCUUUUGGGAAAUACAGUUUUCCUACUUUGAAACUUUUUAUAAGAAAAUGCUUUUCUAAACAGCUGAUGGCAAAGUGGAGAUUCAUGCACAGUCUUCUGUCCAGAUUAUACCACUCAGCUCAUCUGACCCAGCGAAGCCAUCUUCUGUUUUUAGAGAAUAAUGCUUUAAGGACUUUUAACCACUACAUUAAACUUACUACAGUAAGAUGGGAGAAUGCCGAUCGCAGUGGGAUCUAUCUGUGAAAAGAUCCAUUGACUCACAAUUGUGGACAAAACGGAAACGCACUGCUAUGAAUCAGAGUAAGGUUUAAAAGAAGCAAUUGGAAAGCUUAUGUUCAUUGCAAGUAUGUGAAUCACUACCUAAUGGAUGCAUUUAAUCUCUGUAUCAUCUUGGUUAUGUUCAGUGUGACUUGAUAAGCUGAUCUUCUCUGCAUAAGUGCACCAGUGUUUUCUGAUGGUUUGGAGCAUCUUACCCUCCAUAUCCUGCUGCUCCCAUGGAAACAUGGACUUCGCCACUGCUGCUUCAAAAGAAAAUCCUGAUUUAAAAAAAAAAAAACAUAUUUGCAAAUAUACUGUAUUAACAGUUCUACUAAAUUUAUACCUAUGUGUGUUCAUGCGGGCAUUUAUAAAAGAAAGAUGAAAGUACAACUUCCUUCCCGAUUUUACUUUAAACUGUGCAAGUCAGUUUCUGCAUCUGUGUUGUGUUAUAGCUCUCUCUAUGUAUCCGGCGUAGACUGUAUAUAGUUAACAUCUAUUUCUGGUACUGCUUGUCUCAAAGCCCCAGCACAGUGACUGCAUCUUUAACUGCUGUUUUUGUUGUUUAAAAUGUCUGAUAAAAAAAAGCCAAUGGUGGCAAGUUAAAACCACUUUAUAUAGGCAAACAAAAUCACUGUGUGAUUGCAAUCUGUGAUUCUGUGGUUCUUCAGGCCAUUUGUUAUAUUUCCUGACUUUUCAGACUUGCAGCAUCUUGAGUUGCAUUUGUAUUUAGCUACACUGGUGUAUGACAAGUAUCACGACAGCACCAGUGAUUUGGAUCACAAACUGGUUCUCAAUUAGGCCCCGCCAAGGAAUGCCACCGGUCACGGAGGCUGCAUUUGAUGUCCUGCUGUGGACGACAUUAGCAAAACUGAGAUGGAAAGAAAAAGAGAAGUUUUUAAGUGCACUGCCAAACCACACUGUCUAUACCUGCCUGGUAUAACAAUUUGAAAAACGGCCUUAAAAAAUAUUUUAUUCCUUUGUCGACUUAUAUUUUUACUGCAGUUCAAACAGUUUUAUAAUUUUAAUUGUUUUUUCAAUGCAAGCAGGAUAGUCUGUAGGUCUACAAGAAGUAGUGUUUACCAUUUGAAUUAAAUCGUGACCUUAAUGUUAUUUUCAUUUAUUUUAUAAACUGUGAAAGUCUUCUAGCGUAAAUAAUUUCUCUUUGUCAAAGUCAUUCCACUGUUUUAAAUAUAUAUAUUUAUCUCCGUUUAUGGUAGGGGGGAUAAAAGCCAAGGUCUACUGGGACUGCAGGGUUGCUCCUCAGUUCUGGAGUUCAUCAGAGGUCCCUGAAUCACUUGUGUAUCUUAAGCUGUGAUUGCUACUGGCAUUAUCUCCAGCGCUGUAUGACACUAGACGUAUUUCUGCAUUAAUGAUGCAGUUUUUUGUUGUCUACCUGAGGCUAUCUUUAGGAGUUGGAUCAGGGAGCCACUGGGGAUUUAUUAAUAUAUGCAGAGUCCCAGAGUACAUCAUUGCCUGCAGGGAGCUUCCACAAAUCAAAAACCAUUUAUUUGAAUGUAUUUAAGUUUGGUAAAUUAAUAUUAAAACUGCCUAUUACUCAGUGUUCCAAAACUAUGAAUAGUAUCUUUAAAAACAAUUUGCUUCAGUAUUUUAUUAUUCUGCUCAAGCCCAAAGCUAAUAUAAUUAAAGACCAAGUUUAAUUCUUCCAAGAAUAUUGGACUAAUUUAAAAACUUGUGCCAUCUGCUGUAGUGGAGACUGAAAGAGCUCCCGAGUAGCACUUUUGUGUCUUGGACAAAAACACUUUCCUAAAAGGAUGAUGCUGUUUAACCUUCUCAAGCAGAGCAUUGUGCCAAAGAUUGUGCAUAUUGUGCUUCCAGUGGCAGAUGUGUGUGUGCAUGUUAUUGACAAUCAUAAACAUCCCACGGCAGCCCGCCGGUUUAUUGGACUAGAGCGUUGUGAUAUUGGCUCUGCACACAAUAUUGGAAUGGAAAAAUAUACAUGAAGAUGUUACAAUAAGUACUUUUCUUGCUUUAGCAAUUGAACCUAAAAGCUCUGUGACAUUGUUUUCAUCACUGAUUUUGGAGGAUCUAAAUUAAACUUGUGAUUGCCCUGUGGUGAGAUGUGUGGCCAUGGGGCUUCAUUGGCUGUGGACAAACCAGGACCUUUGCUCUGUGCUCAGUGUUGUGUGGGAAAGGCCCUGACUCCAAGUGACUGGUGCCCACUGAUACUUGUCCCUAGAAAGCUGUUGUACGUUUUAUAUCCUUACACUUUUGUAAGUAUGUUUAAAGUAUUUGCUGGAUUCACUUCAGCUUACUUAACCUGUAAUAAUGUACAGAAAAGUUGUUUGUGUUAAAAUAUGUGGCUGUGCAAUUUAUGUACAUUUGCAACUAGACUUAUUAAAGUUUUAUUUAGCUAUUUUAA